AUGGAAGGUAAUAUUAAUAUAUUAGAAACAGAGGCCUUAUCUAGGGGUAGCGAUACGGAUCUCUGGGUGUUUGAAAAUUAUAACCAGCGCAUCGCUAUAGCCACUAUCCUCUGUUUAGUCUUCAUUGUGGGAUCCAUCGGCAAUACACUGGUCAUCACCGCCGUAGUCCUUUCCCGUGAACUGCGCUCAUCCACCAACUGGUUCGUCGUCAACUUGGGAUGUUCCGAUCUUCUCACAUGCCUCUGUCUCCCGUUUUAUGCUGUCGCCAUGCUAAGCCGUGACGGAUGGCCUUUGCCCGGUUGGAUCUGCGUAGCCAAUGCGGCCAUGGUAAUGAUCUGUAUGGGUGCCAGUGUCAUGACGCUAGCCCUUAUUGCCUUUAACCGCUGGUACCUGCUGACAAAUACCCGUGGCCUCCAGAAGACAAAUGUAACCAAAAGUAUGACAUCACAGUUACGAAAAAAACAUGCCGUUGUGGUACUAGCCUUCAUCAUCUGCCUGCUCCCGUUCGGUGUGAGCGUUUCCGGUUUUCUUAGUGACCCGGGCAUCCCUUGGACAGGCCUGCUGUUGGCCGUCAACAGUUGCGUUAACCCUUUGAUUUACGCCGGGAUCUGGAGAGAGUUCCGCAACGUGAUGCUAGCCAUCAUUCGCUUUCGCCUAAAGGACAUCCCGGAGCCAAUCACAUGCGUCCGUCGCUUUGUUUAA